AUGGGCAAUAUCAUCUCCACCAUACGAGAUGAAGAAGACAGAUUCCUAGAGCAGCACCCUCGCCCCGCACUUGACUUGAUUCAGGAAUACAAGUAUAGGGAAACCGGCACCAAAGCAAAUUGGACACACGACAGGGAGAAGCUCACACGACGGUCCAAGCGAUGGGCUCUGAAGAAGAAAUUCAAUACCGCGGCUUACAGGUUCCUCACCCAGCGCGCCUUGAUCAACAAAAAGGGUCAUGGUGACCUUCCAUGGGAAGCGACAGACCUGUUGGGUGCAGGCUCGUUCGGUGUAGUAGGUUUGUGGCAACAGAUCGAUCCCGACACUGGCAGAGUCCUGGACUCGAUGGCCAUUAAGGAGACGCUGGACGACGAUCCCCACGCAUACAUGGAUAUGUUCAAACGGAAACACCCAAAAGAGCCCAUACCCACCGAAGCACUGUGGAUGGACUUCCUCAGCAGAAGAUCAUCUUACAUACCCAACCUGAGACAGCUGGUACACUUCAAAGACAUGCCUUCCAAGUGGCGCUUCUACAUGGAGUUCUGCCCGAACGGCGAUUUGUCAGAUCUCUUGAAGAUAUAUAAGGAGUUCAAUGACAACCAUGGAAAGAGCGACCACCAAGUCAUACCAGAGCCAUACCUAUGGUUCUGCUUCUACAACAUGGCACAGGCGUUGCAGGCCAUGUAUCUGCCCAAAAAUACGCAUGCGUGGAUCGAUCGAGAUCUCCGUCAUGAUGUGCCAGAUGCUGACAAGUUCAUUCUGCACUUAGAUAUCAAGCAUCAGAAUACUCUACUGGGUCGAUCUUGGAAGCACAAGCAUCUCGCGGGCUACCCUCCAGCUAAGAUGGCCGACUUUGGCCUUGCCCAACUCACCAGCGUGAACCACUAUAGAAAUGCCAAAAAGUUCCUAGGCAUGGGCACUACGGUUUGGCACCCGCCCGAGCAAUUGGAUCGGGGUCACUUCGACUGUGAGUGGAAUGAUCCCAUCGUCCAUCCUCGCAGAGACAACACCUUCCCUUUUGAUCCACGACAUGGCGUGUGGCAGAUUGCCGCUAUGGUCUACGGGAUGGCCACCCUCACGCCAAACAAUCUCGGACUGAAUAAAAUGCUCGAGAGACUAUAUAAAGACACGGGAGCCGAGUCAUAUCUACGACGACGAAAAUUCUCACUUAUUGGUGGCCAAAGUCCUGACAUACGCAAAGACUAUUCCCACCUCUUGUACGAGACCUUGGACGACUGUCUCAAUGUCGAUCCGGACAGGAGGCCAUACCCGGAGAAGCUGGUGCGAAUUUGCGAGGAAGGCAUUAGGGCUACGGCUAGAGGGCUAGAAAGGACUGGAGGUUCCGCGCCUCCAGUCUUUUAUGGCCCGAAUGGGAAGUAUGAGCUGGAAGACCAUGUGAAAAGAAAGAAGAAAGCACCCGAACGGCGGGAGAGACGGCGAAGUGAGCUUCCAGGGCAGGGGCGUAGACGAAGGGAUAGCUAUAUGCGAUAG